AAAUGUAUGAUGGUCUUGGAAUUGAAAGUAAUGGCGGCUUCUCCAGUCAUUGCUGUCUUAGUUCUAACUAUUGAAAUAAGCCUACAUUCAUAAUAUAGAUGGUUUUACUGAAUUGUAGAUUAUCUUGGCUUUAAUCUUUUAGUGUGGUGAUUACUUGAAAUGUGACUUCGGUCUGUCUCCGAGUAUUUAUUUUUCCAGAUACAUACAUUUCCAGAACGGCAAAGUGGAGUAGCAUGUCGAGUGACGAAGACAAGCCGCCGGCGCCGCCCGUGCGCCUCACCAGCAACCGCGCCGUCGACCGCGUGGACUCCGCCCCCUCCGUCGACAUGAGGCCGCUACCCAAAGAACCGGAGGACGGCGGCGACAGGAAAAAGAAAACAUUGAAAGCUAAAAUUAAGGGAUCGAAAAGCACCGCACACAAUGAUAAUAAGCCAAACAUUAGCUAUCCAACCAACUUCGAGCACACGGUCCAUGUUGGGUUUGAUGCGGUUACCGGAGAAUUUACGGGGAUGCCGGAAGCAUGGGCGCGGCUGCUUAUGGCGUCGAACAUCAGCAAGCAGGAGCAGAAGAGCAACCCGCAGGCUGUGCUCGACGUGCUCAAGUGGUACGACGCGUCCGCCACGCAGCCGCCGCCCUCCAAGUACAUGACCUCUGCUCAGAUGCACACCACGCACUCAGGGUCAUCGGUAUCACGAGUGUCUUCCAGUAGUCCGUCGUCGUCGACCCCGACGGACACGGAGCACCCCGAGCCUCCGCCUCCGCCACCGUCUCGACCCGAUCGCACAAAGAGUAUAUAUACGAAACCAAUCGAAGAGGAGGAGGCCCCGCCGCCGCGGCCUGUGCCGUCGCCGGCGUCUCCACCGCACGUCCCGCAUGCUACCAUAACUGCACAUCCGAUACCGAGCAGAGUGGAGGUGAGCCCGGCGCCGACGCCGCUGGACCGCAACAAGAACCCGACGGCCGCGCCGGCGCCGCAGACGCCGCCCGCGCACGCGCCGCACCCGCCGCCCUCUAACGGCGCACAGACCAACACCGAUACCGGAAGAGCGACUGGACAGCAGCAGAGGAAAAAGAAAAUGACCGAUGAGGAGAUUUUAGAGAAGUUAAGAACGAUUGUUAGCGUUGGUGAUCCCAAUCGAAAAUAUACAAAAAUGGAAAAAAUUGGCCAAGGGGCAUCUGGCACUGUGUACACGGCUAUCGAAACAUCAACGGGCAUGGAAGUGGCCAUCAAACAGAUGAACCUCAGCCAGCAACCCAAGAAAGAGCUCAUCAUCAAUGAGAUCCUGGUUAUGCGGGAGAACAAACACAACAACGUUGUUAACUAUCUAGACAGUUAUUUGGUUAACGAGGAAUUGUGGGUGGUGAUGGAGUACCUGGCGGGCGGGUCGCUGACGGACGUGGUGACGGAGACGUGCAUGGACGAGGGGCAGAUCGCGGCCGUGUGCCGCGAGGUGCUGCAGGCGCUGCACUUCCUCCACACCAACCACGUCAUACAUCGAGACAUCAAGUCUGAUAACAUUCUACUCGGCCUUGAUGGACAAGUUAAGUUGACUGACUUCGGUUUUUGUGCGCAAAUAUCCCCCGAACAAAACAAACGAACGACGAUGGUGGGAACUCCUUACUGGAUGGCUCCUGAAGUUGUCACGAGAAAGCAAUAUGGACCAAAGGUGGACGUGUGGUCGUUAGGUAUUAUGGCUAUAGAGAUGAUCGAAGGAGAACCGCCUUAUCUGAAUGAAAAUCCUCUUCGAGCUCUGUACCUGAUCGCGACCAACGGCAAGCCGGACAUCAAGGAGAAGGAGAAGCUCAGCCCCGUGUUCCAGGACUUCCUAGACAAGUGCCUCGAGGUGGACGUCGACCGGCGGGCCACCGCGCUUGAUUUGUUAAAGCAUCCGUUUUUGAAGUUGGCCCGGCCUCUGGCGUCGCUAACGCCUGUGAUCAUGGCGGCGAAGGAAGCCGCCAAGGGGCAUUAGCGCAGGCUGCCGGCGGCCGCCGCUGCCGCGCCCGCGCCCCUAGCGCCCCUAGCGCCCCUAGCGCCCCUAGCGCCCUCAGUGCCUGCUGCAUCCUAAACGAACGCUUCACACAAACUAACUACAACACACCUCAGCCACAGUACGAAUCCACUAAUUAAUACCUACAUUAACCUCUUUUGGUUCAUUUACAUGAAUUGAUCGUAUUUGUGAUAAACAUUCAGUACUUCCAGACUAUCACUUAGACUGAUAGCUAAAAUAUGCGUUUUUCACAUGAUUAACGUUUUCGAUCACCUAGCUAAGACCUGUGUAGAAAAUAAUAGGAUAAUGUAUAGUCCACCUCCGUGAUACGUGAUACUAAAUAUGGUCUUCAUACGUCGUAUAUGUAUAUUCAUGUAAUAAUUUGAUGCCACAUAAAAUGGGAUGUGAACGUUGGCAUCACUUGUUAUGGCAGGUCAAGAGAUGACGCAAGAGACGCAUGUGUAGGUACAUUCGUGUGGUAUCUGACCUGACAAUAAUAUGUGAUGCCGUAGUUUCACUCUCUCAUCUUGUUCAAUGAGAAAUUACUCUUCACCAAAUAACCAGGAGUCAUCCUGAUGAACACUUAAAAUGUUGACCCUCUUUUUUAAUGUUUUUGGGAUAAACAUAUAAAGUUAACUCGUAUUGCAUAGAUUAUUUAAUACAGUGCAUUGUUAUUAUUAUGGACAUUAUCAUUUCUCAUAUCUCUAGGGCUACGCAUUUUUAAAACAUGGUUGUUUAAUAAUUUCUGGAAUAUAAGACUUCACUUCUAUAUGAUGUGAUGACUAGGAUGUAUGUCUAAGUGUCGUGCAAAGAUUUAUUGGUUGUAAUAUUUGACAACCAGAAUUACCGCGUAAUGUACGGGGCCGUACAGCGCCAUCUACACCAACUGUCUUAUUCGAAACGGGAAAAUGUCUUAGAGUUGACACAUCUUACUUAAUGAAAUUAAUCUUUGGUAACGUGGAAACAUAUGAGGGGCAUAAAUUGGCCACACGUUUUGUUAUGUACUUGUGUAGGUGAUAUAUGUAUUCUUUAAAGCUCUGCAACAUGAAAUUGUAUGGUUCUUUUAGCACACUCACGAGUAAUAACAUUGAUCUAAUGACUUAAAUACUUAACACCCUAUACCACUGUUUAAGAAAAGGCGGGUCUGACUA